AUGCACAUUAACAGCAGCCACAAAAUUAUAACCAUUGAUAAACAGUUAAAACAUUUUGAUGCACCCAAAUGUUUAUGCAAUGUUUAUGCACCCAAAUGCAACAAUGCACAUGCAUCAUCAUCAUUAUACUCAAAGAGGCUUUUGCAGAGGACCAGAACUCCAGCAGGUUAUGAUCCUUGUUACUCAGUUUAUGCAGAAGAGUACUUCAACAGAGUUGAUGUUCAGAGAGCAAUGCAUGCAAGUUUUAUUAAUAAUGGAAAGUGGAAGGUCUGCAAUGAAUCCAUAUUGGACAUUUACAACAACACUGUUUCCUCUGUUCUUCCCAUCUAUUCCAAGCUCAUUAAUGCUGGACUAAGAAUAUGGAUUUACAGGUAA